AUGGGGACUUCUCCGCAAAUCCAGAACCAUGGCCAAGACCGCCACGAGGGCCGAGAAUAUGUCCAUCCUGUCUCCCAGGACGCUUCCGACUUGACUGGUCAUCAUGCAGACUUGUCGGGUACAGAAAGCGACUCCGAUCUUGAGAGCGAUGACACCGCAAUUUUCGAAAAUCCCCAGCCGAGGAGAUUGGAGUCCGCGCCGCUGAUAACAAGUCGUCGGCGAUUUUCCUCAAUUGAUGAAGAUAAUGAUCAUGACGCCGUGCUCGGGCCGGUCGAGGAGGACGAAGAGAAACCAGUGACUUGGAGCUCACUACCGAAGAAGGGCCAGUUGGCAAUCUUGACCUUGGCGCGACUGUCAGAGCCGUUAACGCAGACCUCUCUGCAGGCAUAUCUGUUUUAUCAGCUCAAAUCGUUUGAUCCAUCUCUGCCAGACUCGAAGAUCUCCGCCCAGGCGGGUAUGCUCCAGGGUUGCUUUACAGCCGCGCAAUUUAUCACCGCUGUCUGGUGGGGCCGUCUUGCCGAUGCUGAAUGGAUGGGACGGAAGAGAGUGCUGUUGAUCGGAUUGAUGGGCACCUGUCUGUCUUGUAUAGGCUUUGGCUUCUCUCGAUCUUUUGCGACGGCCAUGGUCUUUCGGACACUAGGUGGGGUAUUGAACAGCAACGUGGGAGUGAUGCGGACGCUGAUUGCAGAGAUCAUCGCUGAGAAGAAAUAUCAAUCCCGCGCGUUUUUGCUCCUACCCAUGUGCUUCAACAUUGGUGUAAUCAUAGGUCCAAUCUUGGGAGGCACUUUGGCCGAUCCUAUCAACAGCUUUCCCCAAUUUUUCGGCCCGGGUUCUACUAUCGGGGGCAAAGACGGUGUCUGGUGGAUGCAGCAUUGGCCCUAUGCAUUGCCGAAUCUUUUGAGCGCAAUCUUCAUAUUUACGUCAUUUCUCGCAGUGUUUCUUGGGCUCGAUGAGGUGAGGUCAAUCCCCGUCCACACUCAUAUAGUCACUAACAGCGAAACCGUCCAGACCCAUGAAAUUGCACGUUAUAGAAAAGACUGGGGUCGUAAAUUGGGCAAGCGGCUUACAAGAGCUUGGACCCGGCGACCCCGGCACUAUCGUCCACUUACACGCUCCAGCGACGAUGACUCCGUUUACACGGACGGCAGCCUCGGUGCUUGGUCUACGCCAUCAAGUCCAGCUCGCUCUCGCGUGCAUCCACGGCCGCAUAAGAAAAUAGGGUUCUGCCAGAUCUGGACACGCAACAUUGUCCUGACUUUGGUGGCUCACUUCCUGCUCGCCUUCCACACAAGCGCCUUCAACUCUAUGACAUUUGUAUUUUUGCCCGCACCCCGUGCCCCAGAGAACUCCCGGCAAGGUCUUUUCCAUUUCGGCGGUGGACUAGGUCUUCCAUCAUCUCGAGUUGGGCUUGCUACUGCUAUCAUUGGUUUCAUCGGCCUGCCACUCCAGAUCUUCCUAUACCCGAUGAUACAGACAAAGCUGGGAACACUGACAUCAUUCCGAACGUUCCUUCCUUUUUCGCCCAUUGCAUACGUGCUGAUGCCCUUCCUUGUGGUUCUUCCACGCAUACCAUGGAUUAUUUGGCCCUCUUUCACGUUUGUCAUUAGCUUACAGGUCAUCUCGCGGACAUUUAUCCUGCCCGCUGCUAUCAUCCUGGUAAACAACUGUGUCACGGAUCCAUCUAUCCUAGGCACAGUCCAUGGAGUGGCACAGAGUAUUGCUAGUGCGGGUCGGACCAUGGGUCCUUUCCUGGGUGGUUGGGGGCUGGGCCUGGGCCUCGAGAAUAACAUGAUUGGGGCUGUCUGGUGGGCACUGGCUGUUGAGUCUUUGCUUGGUUGGGCUAUGCUGUGGAGCAUUUACGAGGGCAAGGGAAUCGAACACAAGAAAGAUGAGAUAGAGGAAGACGAGGAGUGA